AUGGAGAAUGCAAAGGAAAUCAUCUCCUUCUUCAUCUCCAAUACUCCAAAUGAAACCAACAAGGAAUCACUCAUCACAAUAUUUCAAAAUUUUGGAAAACUAGUAGACAUUUACAUAGCGCAUAAAAAAGAUAACAAAGCAUACAAUUUUGGUUUUGUAAGGUUAUGGGGGAUUGACAACAAGGAAAAAGUAGAGAAAGCAAUGGAUGGAAUCAGAUGUGGUUCCAAGAAACUCAAGGUGAACAUUGCCAAAUUCAAGAGGAAGCAGUUGAAGGACAGUGGAGCUAACUUCAUAUCAGUACCCUCUAAACCUCCCACCACCACUUUCUCCAACAUUCGAAGUGGUAAACCCUUCAGAGAUGUUGUUAUUGGGAAAACGCCGACUUUAGUUGUUGAAUUGAAAGCGAUACCAGGUCUGGAGAGCAGGGUUUAA